GUGACCCCGUGGCUCGGGCGCUAUCACCGCCGUGUUCCUCGCGGGGCAGCGACUGUCACUAAUCCGGGGCAUGAACGUCCUGCGGUAAAAAAAGGCUGUUUAGUGUUUCCCGGGAGAGCCCGCCUGUCCCUGCGCCGGCUCCGCGGAGUGACGGCGGUGCCCGCCCUGGAGCCGGGGGGAGGCCCUGCUGCUUUGCUUUGAUGCUGGAAUUGGAGCCGGUGUCACCUGGCCGGGAGGGACUGGUGAGGGGCUCUGCCUGCGGCCAUGGGGUGGCCCUUUCACAGAAGGUGACCCUGUCCCGGCUCGUCUGGCUGCGCAGGACCGAUGGGACGUGGUUUAGUGGCAGAUAGGAAUGGCUGGACUCCAUGAUCCAAGAGGUGUUUUCCAACCCGGUGAUUCUACGAUGGGGAUCGCUCCCUCGUGUUGCUCAGCCCUGAACAGAAUUGAAAAUUUGUGUACUUCCUCUUGCAGCUGUAUAGGACAGGGAGAUGACUUAAGGAGAGAAACAGAAAAGUCUUUAUUGCUCAAGGAAGAAGAGGCAAAGUCUUUGAAAAGAUCAACUAUAGUUUUCUGCCACUUAAUGCUAACCGGAAAAAAAACAAAGCCACCAAACUCAUCUGCUUGAGGCGAUUUUAUUGUAAUGUAUCCAGUGGCUGUUCCUGCCGCAGGAGGUGAAGGAAGUAAUGGACAACAUGGGAGACUUAUUUUUUUCCUUUUUGUUUUUGGAGCUGUAUUGCUCUGUGCUGGAUUCCUGCUUUCAGUCUUUAUUCUCCAGUCAUGCCCAUCUGGAACCUUCAGUGACUGUAAUGGGGUCCUUAAGGCUGCUGGACCUGUGCUGGCAGUGACUGGACUGGUUUGUGUUUUACUGGCAAGAUCAAGGGCCAGGCUGUAUAUAAGACAAAGACAAUUGCAAAAUGAACAGGUGUACAGCCUUGUUUUUUGUCGUGGGAGCUGUCAGUUUGCCCAGUUUCUCAUAUUCGGAUUCCUGUUUCUAACUAGUGGAAUGCUAAUUAGUAUCCUGGGCAUUUGGGUUCCUGGCUGCAGCCCCAGCUGGCACAACAUACAGCUCAACCACACCAGCAGUCCUGAUGUGGACCUCCAGGGCUGUGGAUUCCUGUCACUUCAAAUCAUGGGACCUUUGAUUGUGCUCACUGGGUUGUGUUUCUUCGUGAUAGCUCAUGUUAAAAAGAAACAAAACUUAAAUCUCAACCAAGAAUCUUGUGAAAGUGAAGAACAUCCUCAGAGCCCGGAAUCUUUUCAGGUUACAGUAGGUGAUGCUGUAAUGGUAUUCCCACCUCCACCACCUCCUUAUUUUGCUGACCCUCUCUCACCAACCAUGACACGAUGUCUAAUGUCAAGUGGUUUGCCUACAGGUGAAAAUCCUCCACCAUACCACUCUAUCUUCAGCAAUGGAGCACAGCUUGCAGAUGAUGAAGAAACAGUUGCUGUUAGAGGCUAUGAAAUCAUAUAUACAAUUUCUGGAAGCAGCUCACCUUCAGAUAUUUCACCAAUACUGUGCGUCUCUGAAUCACCUCCAAAAUAUGAAGAAAAAGCAUCAAUAACAAACACUGAAUAUUCUCCAUCUUCUUAUUCGUCUUCUUCAUCCAUUUCCUUAGCCACAUCUGACACCAGCUCAUAGAGGACUAUCACUUAGACUUCAUUUUUAAAUUAAAUUGUACAUUCAGAUUUAUGAUUUUUCAACUUAUUUACAUUUUGUAAUAAAACCAGUGAUGUUAACUGUGUCUAAUUUUUCCUCAAAAAGCAUAAAUGAUGAAUUUGGUUUUCAAGAAAUAUUGGGUGAUGCUGGGCUUUUGAGAUAGCAAUCUGAAGAGAUUCCAUUCACUGCAAGAAUUUUAAAUGCUCAUUUUGUUUUGUUACAGUUCAGUUUCUGGUUUUAGUUGUACUUUAUAUAAUGGAGUCGCUAAGUAGAGACCAACUUUUUUUUACUUAUUUUAAUUAAAUCUGUGUGGAGUGUCAAAAAAAAAAUUAGGAGGUGGUUUUAUUUCUGUUUUUCUAUUUCAUGUAAAAUACUUGUCUGCAAAAUUGCUGACUUUAUGUGUACUGAGAGCAUAAUGGCUGGGAAUCUUUAAUAUUG